AUGACCAUUCUCCCAUACCGCACCCACCGCGAGGGCGGUUACGGAUUCCGCCCAGCGCACGAAUACACCAUCAUGUUCAAGCUUGCUGGAGGGGACUACUACCACAUGCCUGCGACCAAAGUCCAGCAAAUCUGCCCGGGGCUUCAGGGAAUGAUUGAGCAGGCCGUUCAGGACGGAACGGCGAUGACGGAUGUCUUCGAGAUCCCCCGUCUGUUGGAGCAGGAGUGGAAGGACUGGUGGACCAUCAAUGACUACAUCGUCCAAGGCAGCGAGCUCACCACAUACGAGCCCCUCUCCUCCUUCCUGACCGACGCGCAGAUCCACAUCCUCGCGACGCACUACGCCGUCCCCGCCGGUAUAGCAGCCGCUGCCGCCGAGAUCCAGCAGCGCGCCGCCGACAUCCUCGUUUGCCUGGUCGACACGACCUGCCUGUUUGACGAGCACGAGGCCCGCGCCCACCUCGAGUCGCUCGUGGCGGCCACCAAGCUCGCGUUCGAGCCUGGCAGCAGCAGCAAGGGCCGGGCUGGGCUCCGCACCGUGGUGGCUGCGGCGUGUGCGACGCUGUGCCCGGUGCUGGAGCACUUCCCUGCGUUCCGGGCGGCUGCGAUGAGUCACGAGGGGGUUGCGGAGCUGUGGGAUGGCCUGGAGGCGGAGAGAUGUGCUGCUGUUGGUCAGCUUGGUCUUGAGGUGAAAGAGAGGAUCAGCUGGGUUGUUGAGGGCUGUGACCACCCUCAAGUAGAUGGCUCAUUAGGCAACUUGCCGCAGCCACACACCAUACCUUUCUCAGCCCAAACAGGCAAGCAGCUCGAAGACAACUGUCCAAAACAGCAAAGCCCAACAAGCCGUGACUCGGGCCGGACCAGAAUAGAAAGAAACCUGAGAGCCGUCGUGAAUACUCGGCCGAGACAGGACGCCUGGCCCGCGGAGAUUGAAGACGGCCUCCGCAGCCUGUCAACAUGA